GUGGGUUAAAGUGUUUUUAAAUUACUUGACUCUUCCAUUUCCGGUUGCUAUAAACAAAAUAACAACACAUAUUAUAAGUCAGCCGUUGGGAAGGCAGACAAAUCGAGAAAAUAGAAAAUUUAUAAAACUAUUAGGAAAUUAUUGUUUUUUUUUAUUUUUAUACGUAUACAUAAAUAAUAUUAUUGCAAUUGUAAUAAAAUCAUUGACGCAAUACCAUGGAGGAAGUGGAUGUAACAACAGUCGAUCAAUACCAGACGCUGGUGCGCUACAAUAACCCAGUUUUGGUGGUAAAACAUCCAGACAAAAAGGGUGUACCAACAGAAAUUGAGCUGAAGCGACCACUAACAGCCGGUGCUUUGCUCGACACUAAACGGGAAACCGAGGAGAUAUUGAAUUCGAUUUUGCCACCGCGCUGUUGGGAAGAGGAUGGACAAUUGUGGCAGCAAACAGUUUCAAGCACACCAGCUACACGACAAGAUGUGAUCAAUCUGCAAGAGAUGCUCGACACACGUCUUCAACAAACGCAGGCUCGUGAGACUGGAAUAUGCCCCAUACGUAGAGAAUUAUAUACACAGUGUUUUGAUGAAAUAAUACGUCAGGUCACCAUCAAUUGUUCCGAGCGUGGUUUACUGUUACUACGCAUACGCGACGAAAUCACCAUGUCAAUGGAGGCGUAUGAAACGCUAUACUGCAGUUCGGUGGCUUUUGGUAUGCGUAAGGCAUUGCAAGCGCACGAAGAAAAGGAAAUGUUGCGUGAUCGUGUCAAAACAUUGGAAAUGGAGAAAGAAACGCUCGAAGAAAUUAUAAAUGAUAUGAAAAUUAAACAAGAACAAGCAGAGCGACGUAAUGCGGAAUUGCGUGCGUCCGAAGAGAAGAAAUACGCAGAAGAGGUGGCAUUCCUCAAGAAGACCAAUACACAGCUCAAGGCGCAACUGGAGGGCAUUACAGCGCCAAAGAAGUGAAAAAUAUAUACACGUGCUAGCAAGGGCUUUUGUGCAAUUUUUAAUACUUUUUGUGUAAUAAAAUGUUUAUAUUUCUAUAUUUA